AUGUCAAUUCCCUACUCGAGCCUCCAAAAUGUUCCCCUCUCAUACGCUUCCUGCUCGAUCGGCUGCGGUCCGAACAGCACACUCCCGCUCCGACUCCAAGCAAUCAGCGAAGCAGGCUUUAGCGCAAUCGAGCUCUCUUUCCCAGACAUCCUAGAAUAUGGCGCGGAAAUCACAGGCAAUGAAAUCGCACCGGACAACUAUAUGGCAAUUUUACCCGUGGCUGUGGAGAUCCGCAAACUAUGCGAUGAACGCAAGUUGAAAAUCAUGAUGCUACAACCAUUCUCAAACUUCGAAGGUUGGUCUAAGGGCUCUGUUGAGCGUGAGGAGGCAUUUGCCCGAGCGACAGGCUGGAUGGAAAUUAUGAAUGUCGUGGGUACAGAUUUGUUGCAGGUCGGAGCAACAGACACACCGGGACACAUAAUCACCAGCGACCGCGAUGCGAUCAUCUACGACUUGCAAGUUUUAUCCGACCUUCUCGCAAAACGCAACUACCGCCUCGCCUAUGAGAACUGGUGUUGGGCGACCCAUGCACCGGGAUGGAAGCAUGUCUGGGAGAUUGUGAAAGCCGUAGAUCGCCCAAAUUGUGGGUUAUGUUUGGAUACAUUCCAAACUGCGGGCAGUGAAUGGGGUGAUCCGACUACUGAGUCUGGUCUAAUUGAGUCAGUCCCGCAGCCUGAGCUACAGAAGCGGUUCGAGGCGAGUAUGGAUGAGCUUGCCAAAUCUGUGCCAAGUGAGAAGAUUUAUUUGCUUCAGAUCUCAGAUGCAUAUAAGGUGUCGCCGCCGUUGGAGGACAAGGUUAUUGGUGGAUUGAGACCAAAGGGUCGCUGGAGUCAUGAUUAUAGGCCUAUGCCAUAUGACGGUGGCUAUUUGCCUAUUGAGGAUGUUGCGAAGGCGGUGCUCAAAACGGGGUUCCGGGGUUGGUUCUCAAUGGAGAUCUUUGAUAGUGGACCGCAGGGGACUGGGAAGCAGUACGAGCUGGGGUCUUUUGCGGCAAAGGCUAUGGCUAAUAUGCAAAAGCUUUUGAAGAAUUGUGCGACGGAUUGA